AUGGAAUUCACCUUCGCCUUCGGAGCUACUGCUCCCACCACUACUCCUGUGGCUCCAGCUUCUGCCGCCACCACCACCACCACUACAAUUACAGCAGCAGCUCCGGCUACAACUGCUGGGUCUAGUAUCGCGUCUGUUUCUGUUGCUCCGUCGGCUCCUGUAGCUCCCAAGCAGCGAAAGAUCGCUGCUUGUCGAGCCAAGAAGCCUGUUUCCAUUCCGGCGGAGUUUGCUUUUAGCUUCCCAAUCACGCCCUCCCCUGCUACCCCUCCCCCUGCUGCUGCUACUCCCAUGGAGAUUUCGACUCCCAUGGAAUCGCCACCGACUCCUAUGGAUAUCUGUUUUCCUUCUCCUAGGAUGGAGCCGGUUGGUUGCCUCAUGCCUGCUCCCAUUGUUUCUGCCCUAGUUUGCCCAUCUGUUACUGCCACCCUUCUCGCCUUCGUCCGUGCCAGCAAUGUCGCCCAGUUGAUGGAGGCCAACUCACCUGCUAUGCAGAUGAAGGCCGUUCGUGUUCCACGACCAAAGACUGAGGCUGAAAUCCUCCGCGAGGAAGCUGAGCGUUCCAAAAAACGAUGGGAGCAGGAAUGCGCUAAAGAGGCCGCUUGGGAGGAGAUGGCCCGUAGAGCAUUACCUCCGGUGGCACGAACCAAAUUCACGAUGAAGCCUGCGAGUUUCUGGGUCGAUUUGACCCCGGUUCACGAAGUCAGAGUGGAUUCUGGGAACAAAGCCCCGGUAGUUUCGGCCGCUCGUAGCAAGGCUGGCGGAGUUGAGGUUGACCAGCAAUGGUUCAACCGAAACACUGCUAAGCACAAGCUCGAGCGAAUGCUCGCUAUUGGUAAGUUGGAGCGCGAGGCGAAAAAGAGAGCACAGGCUGAGAGGGAAGCAGAAAACGCCGCCAAGAUUGCCAUUGCGCUCGAUGGCCUCUCUGCAUGCGCAGAGAGAAAGCCCACUUUCGUAGAGCGUGCAAUCAAGGCGGUUGCCCCACUUGCUCCCCUCGCAAAGUAUGUUGUGCCUUUCAUGACAUACAUCACCAUGGAGAUGCUUCAGCGUUAA